UGGGGAAUGCCCUGCCCGGCAGCCCAGCGUGAAACGGAUUCAUUCCCAGCCGGCUCUCCAUCUAGCCGGAGCGAGGCUCGGCAGUGAACGCUGCGACGCGCCCGCGCUCGGCGGCCGGAGGCACCCUGCGCUCGGCUGCGGCCACGCGAGGCGCUUUUUCCCGGGAGCGAGCCGGGAAAAGCCCGGCUUAACCACGAGUGGCACGGCCAUUGCAAGGACCUCCAAGGCGACAGAAGGACGGCGAAAGAGGGCUGAAGCUGACCUGAGCUUUCCCACGGAGGGGAGACGGCGCCAGGGCGAGGUGGGGAACAAGGGAGUGUGGCGACGCUCACGGCCAGCGGUGGAUUAUCCCGGUCAGUCUGCGUCUGCGGCCUGCGAAAUGCGCGAGGAGGACAAGGGCAUGCUCGGUGGUGGUGGCGACGACGCGGGUCUGGCCAACGCCUCGGCGCAGGGGCAAGUGGAGACCGUGCGGCAGCUCCUGGAAACCGGUGCGGAUCCCAACGGAGUCAACCGCUUCGGGAGGCGGCCGAUCCAGGUCAUGAUGAUGGGCAGCACCCGGGUGGCCGAGCUGCUGCUGUGCCAUGGCGCGGAGCCCAACUGCGCCGACCCUACCACCCUCACCCGACCUGUGCACGACGCGGCCCGGGAGGGUUUCCUGGACACGCUCGUGGUGCUGCACCGAGCCGGCGCGCGGCUGGACGUGCGCGAUGCCUGGGGCCGCCUGCCCGUGGACCUGGCUGAGGAGCGGGGCCACCGCGCUGUCGCCGGGUACCUGCGCGCAGCUGCAGGAGACUGAUGGCAGGUACCCCCAGCCGCCCACAACGACAUUUCUUUUCUCCCCUGUUCCCCACCCCCAACUUAGUUCAAGGCAGGCUACAAAUGUGGAGCGGCGGAAAGCCUGAAAGCCUUCCAGGAGACUUGACUCACCGUGGGGGAGGAGAAGCAGACCGUGAACACAUUUUUUUUUUCUUUCUUCUUUUCCCCUGGAUCCCGCCCUCACACUCACAGUGCAGCCAAACGCAGAGGUGGUACAAAUGGAUUUCCAGAGAGAUUUAGGAGCUGAACGUGAAGCUCCCGAGUGUUGUUCACUUUUCAGGGUUUUCUGGCAAAAAGCGGCCUAUAAAGUCCCUAACGACCCCAGGUGUCUGCCAAACUUCACUGGAAGCAAGCUGGCAGCAGAGUGGGAGGCGGCGAUGAUUGGCAUUUGAGCAGGAGGCAGAUGGCACAUUUGCCCUCUGACCUCGAAGGAGCGCAUCAGAAGCCCCUACAUUGGGUUUGAGGCGCUGGAGGCUAGAAGGAAACCUCUGAAGACUGAGGAGACGACAACCACAAUGCCGAAGACUAGUUCAACAGUAGACGCCAUCAGCAGGUGCCCAAGGCUUUAUAGGUUGUGUGUUGCCACCCAAGUCACCUGCGAAGCCCUGGGGACUUGUGCCCAUUUCCACCGGAUAGUGACGGGAAAGGAGGAUGUGAGAGCCACCUUGAAUCUUCCCACAGGUUCUACCAUCCCUGGGUCAAGAUGACACAGAACCGCUCCCGGAGAGGGGCAGGUGCUUGCUGUUUGUUAUUCAGUCGAGAGGAGAUUCUUGGGGAGUUCCAGAAGUCAGCGCACAGGAUGACGUGCUGGAUUGUAGGGAGAGCAACUGUCGCGAUUAACUGUAAGGACUUGCUUCAUCUAUAUACGAGAGGAUAAAGAACCACCCCCCACCCCACCCCCCCCCCCCCCGUGAAAAGAUUUUGUGAUAUUUUGUACUUUUCAGUUGUUUUUCGGUAACACUCUUACUGGCUUUAAAUAACAAAGUAACUCGUGCUCCUCGGUGAGGAAGAAGUACAGCUUUUAAAUGAAGCUCUGUCACAGUGCUAAAGCUUAGACCCAUUCAUCCCUAACCUAUUUAUUUCUUUGUUAAAUUUUCUGACCGUUUCCUUCACUAGAGUGUCUCAGGGGGUCAAACUAUGAAAUAUUCCAAAUAUCUUUUAGAAAACCGAUGCACUUGCCCAGUAAAUUAUUUCGGGGUAUUUCCCAAAGGGUUGCUGAAAGAGUAAAUUGAAUAUAAAACUGUUGAAAAUA